ACAUACACACGGAUAGGAUCCCUAUGCGGGCGAUGCAAUGAACUGGAGAGAAUGAGGGACGUGCGAAUAUCCACUGAAGCUUUAAUGUAGUUGAAUAUGACCAAAAGUGCUAUGUGCUGAUGUCUCACAGCACUUAUUUGUUGCUUAACAAGUUUGAAUAGGGGAGGAAGCCCGCACGCCAGGUAGUGAACUGCUAUUCGGACUGGUAACUAACGUUAUAAGGCAAAUGUUCAGCGACAGCUAGCCAACAACUGGAAUAGGGACAUAAGCGUGGCUCUACACAAAAGGACUCAGACUUGAGUGAGCGACUGUACGAAAAGUGAGCCUUUCCAUCAGUGAUGGAGCGAUCAGGGUCUGGUGUGCUGUCCCGAAGCAGGGCCAAAACAGUCACGAAUGGGAACAGCCAGCACUCUGAGGAAGAGAGCAGUGAUGAGGAACACCCAAAUGACAGUAUGAUCCGCGUUGGAGGGGACUACCAGGCACAGAUCCCAGAGUUCAAAACAGACUGUGCAUCCCGCUAUGGUGAGAAGGAUCAGAGGAGCAUGCUGGUCUGGUCACCAAACAGCCAAGUUUCUGAUGCCAUGUUGGAUGAGUAUAUUCUAAUGGCCAAAGAGAAGCAUGGAUACAACAUGGAACAGGCUCUUGGCAUGCUUCUGUGGCACAAGCAUGAUGUGGAGAAGUCACUGGCUGACCUGGCCAACUUCACUCCCUUUCCUGAUGAGUGGACGGUGGAAGACAAAGUUCUGUUUGAACAGGCUUUCAGCUUUCAUGGCAAGAGCUUCCAUCGCAUCCAACAGAUGCUUCCAGACAAGAUGAUCACCAGCCUGGUGAAGUACUACUACUCCUGGAAGAAAACCAGAACCCGAACCAGUGUCAUGGACCGCCAAGCUCGCAAACUCCUCAGCAAGAGAGAAAAGAAUGAGAGUAAUGAUGAGAUAGAGGAAGGAGAUCCAGGUAGCGACAGUGACUUUGAGAUCAAUGCCAAGAAAGAGUCUGCAAAGCAGAACUCUGGAAAUGGAGGAGGAAACGAGAAAGGUCCAAGCAAGUCUUGUCUGACCCGGAAAGAGAACCAGAGUGCGCAGUACCGUCACCACCCUCUUCGGGCUCGCCGCAGGCCUCCUAAAGGCAUGCAUCUGGAACAGGAGGACAUUGUCGUCCUCUCUGCAUCCACUGAUUCAGGAGCUGUUACUAUCAGACAGCUGGACACACAGCUAGUGUCACUAAAGAGACAGGUCCAAAAAAUCAAGCAAACCAACAGCGUUUUAAGGAACAACUUAGGUGAUGGAAUUGAAGACAUGAGACCAAGAGAACCCAACCAAAAAAUCAACUCGCGUUGGUCAACAGAGGAGCAGCUCCUAGCUGUUCAGGCUGUCAGGCGAUAUGGUAAAGAUUUUUCUGCCAUAGCAGAUGUGAUUGGCAACAAGACGGUGGCACAAGUCAGCUCGUUCUUCGUCAGCUACCGGAGACGCUUUAAUCUUGAGGAGGUGCUAUGUGAAUGGCAGGCAGAACAGGAGGUUCAAGGAAGCAGCGGGAGGACUGUGAACACGGAGCUGAAUGGGUCUGCAGAACUGGAAGAUGAUGAGGUAAAGAUGGAUGGCAUCUCUCCACCUCACUCUGACAGUCCCCUGCCCUCUUCUGAUGGUAGUGCCUCUGGGAACCCCAAUUCAGCUCAGUCUUCCCCACCCCUCACUCAACCUCCACCUUUACUGCGCCCCGCGCCCCCUUCAGCACCCCCUAGCCUGCUGCGCCAGCCUCCCCCUCUUCAAACGCGACCUCUACAAAACCGGACCCCUCACAAUCACCCUCCCCCUCCACUUAUCAGACCUGCAAUUGCGUCCACGCUCCAUCAGGGGGCACUGAGGAACUCUCUAAGUUCCUCCUCAUCCUCUGCCGGACAGCUGCCGCCCUCACUGGUGGGGCUGAAGGUGGAGUCCCCUCAGUCACACUGAUCACCAUGUAGUAUUUGCCUUUUUAUAAUGGUGUAUGGAAAUCUGAAUAGUCGUUUAAUUGAGAAUUUGGUCUCAAAUCAAUGUAAAAGGGCAAUGUUGUAGAAUUGUAAGAAACCAGAAAAACUUAAGGAUAAUCCUACACCGCGUCAGGAGAGUCCUCCAUAUAUACAGGCAUAUGAAACACAGUCUUGCCAAAAAAACCAAACCCUACUGCCCCACAAACCCAUCUGUCCUCAGGUCCUACAGUUAUACCUCGUCAAGCACAGCUGCUUCCACUGUACCUACAGCGACUAAAACACCAUCUGUCAUAGAAAGCUUAGUGGAAGUCGGAAGUUUAACCAAAAUUGUGGGGUAAAAAUAUAUACACUGGAAUUAAAAACUGCCACGACAACAACCUUCCACCAUCUCUAUGGCCACAGCUGCACAGCACCUAGUGUGUAUGACUACAGGCACUACUGAGUGCUCUGAAGCGCACAUGGUGUAAUUGUGCAUAGCCACUUUCCCGCUGAAGAGCAUGUUGAUAGAAUCAUACUGGGGGGAGGCAGUUUUUGUUGUUUGUAUAAUUAGGUCCUUGCGAUACUGUUAGGUAGUGAGUUUAUGUAGUACUAGUUAAUAUUGUCGAAGCACUAAGUGAUGCAAAAUACUUGACUUUUUUUUGUUGCAACUCUGAAGUACACUGAUUUUGUCUCGCGCUUAAAGGCACAAACAGAAAGGCGUUAAAACACUAAAGAUGAUUCCAGAGAACGCUUGUGCUGGAGUUCUCAUUUCUUCCAAAACAUUUGUAUGUGAGAACUGUUUACUUGUGAACUGGAUUUGCUUGUGACUAUUUCUGUUUUAAUUUUUUCCUUUUUUCAGAAUAAAGUGAAAAUUACCAAAUGAA